AUGGUUCUGGGAAAAGAUGCCCCCGCGCCGGCGCGUGCGGAACAGCCGUUUAUCGGGCCGCUGCCCCCGAUGCCUCACGAUGAUGCCGACUAUAAGUGGAUGGAGCACCCGGGCAUGGUCGACAUGCCCACGAAGCGUCACCUCGGUGAGCUGCUGAACGCCAUCAAGGACAUUUCUCCGGAUGGUGCAGAUCGCGAGGUCUGGGACCAGGUGAAAUACCUCGACAUCGACCACUCGGAUCCAGAGAAUAUCAAGUUCGACUACAACAUGAAGCUCUUCAAGAAUGCGACGUAUGCUCACGCGAGGAAACUCCAGCAGAACGUUGAGCAGGUGCCGCCUGAUGACGUCGGGAAGCUGGACGUCAUGCGGCAGAUGCUUUGGGCCCUUUGCGGCAUUGAUGCGUUUCAGAUCCUGUCAAGUAUCGGGCAGAUCGUCACGAAUAUCCGCACUGUGACGGUUGCUUGCAAGAGUCCGUACCCCAUGGAUGCCGCCCAGCAGGAUUUCUGCGCAGCCAUGGUCCAACUGAACCUGGCGAUUUGGGGCUACAUCGCCAUCUACAUCGAAGAUAUGGUCAGCUCCUGCGGUCCAACGUUCAAUGUCCAAGCCGGCUGCUCCAUCGACAUGACCGGCUUCAUGGCUAAUGCUGCUCUGGUCGGUGCAGCCGGUGCCAACAUGAGGUCCAGCUGCCUUCCCAAACAUGGAUACUGGGACGAAAGAAUUGCAAAGAUUGAAGGGCGAACUUUCCCCGGCCAAAUCGGGCCUAACACGGCGACGAACGGCGCGAGACUCUUCGGACCCACAAGUUUUUCUGCGGACCAACUUCGGGCGAUCAACAAGGAGAUCAGAGAGACGCGAGACGAGAGGAUCCGGCAAAACGACAGGUUCAGGUCUCAAUCUUCCGCUGGCCGUGGCUUCCGACGCCUGGAUGAGGAGACGGCCGGAAUGGCGACGCUCCCUGCCGACCCAGUCGCAUCGCAACAGGCCAAAGCUGUAUCCGACAUGGAAGCCAUGCAGACUGGGGCCGCGGACGCGUUGGAAAAGGUCGCGGAUGCCAGCGACCCCGACGACAAGGAGUUCAUCGAUGAAAAAAUGAAGCACGCAGCAGACAGGAUGGGCUUGACCUCAGACGAGAUCAUUGCCCACAAGAAGAAAGAAACUGAGAAAACGUGGAAGCACGUGCAGUGCGGAUUUGAUUUGAGCAAAGCUGUCGCACGUCUGGCGCAGAUGGGCACGCUGAUUGCCAUGUCCACCAAGGACUGCGGCGCCUAUAACUUCGAUGUCAAUGGCCAUCAAGGAAAGACCAAGUGCGCCAUCGACGUCACGGGCGCCAUCGCUUCGGCAGGUAUCGCCUCCAGCAUGAUCACCCUCAGCGUCAUCAACUGCCCUGGGGCAGUAGACUUUACAAGGGCCAUGGGCGAGCGCCUUUGCGCAGCCGCGAUUAUCGAUUUGGUGACGGCCACCACCUAUAUCGGAACAUCUAUUGCUAGUGUGCAGAGCACUUGCGGUUCUCUGGACAACUACCCCGGGGUUCCCGGCACCUAA